GUCAGGAGCGCACCAGAGGCCGGACGGUGGCGGGAUCCCACGUCUGGACUGGACCCUGCUGACUGAGCCGAGCGCGGCAGGGGCGGUGAGGGCGGCGCGGCCCCGGCUCCCCGCCCGGUCGUAGAGACGCGCAGGGACCAGCGGGCAGCCGGCGGCGCAGGCACGAUGGGGAACCGGGAGAUGGAGGAGCUGAUCCCUCUGGUGAACCGUCUGCAGGACGCCUUUUCCGCGCUGGGACAGAGCUGCCUGCUGGAGCUGCCGCAGAUCGCAGUGGUGGGCGGCCAGAGCGCCGGCAAGAGCUCGGUGCUCGAGAACUUCGUGGGCAGGGACUUUCUCCCUCGAGGGUCAGGCAUUGUAACGAGAAGACCUCUUGUGCUGCAGCUUGUUACUUCCAAAGCAGAAUAUGCUGAAUUUCUACAUUGCAAAGGAAAAAAAUUUACAGAUUUUGAUGAAGUUCGCCAUGAGAUUGAAGCAGAAACAGAUCGAGUAACCGGAAUGAAUAAAGGCAUUUCCUCCAUACCCAUUAAUUUACGAGUCUGUUCCCCACAUGUGUUAAAUCUAACCCUUAUCGACCUGCCUGGAAUUACUAAAGUGCCUGUGGGAGAUCAGCCACCAGAUAUUGAGUACCAGAUCAGAGAAAUGAUUAUGCAGUUCAUCACCCGGGAGAACUGUCUGAUUUUGGCUGUUACCCCAGCCAACACCGAUCUUGCAAACUCAGAUGCAUUAAAGCUAGCUAAAGAAGUUGAUCCUCAAGGUCUAAGAACCAUUGGAGUUAUCACCAAACUUGAUCUUAUGGAUGAAGGAACAGAUGCCAGGGAUGUUCUGGAGAAUAAGCUGCUGCCGCUUCGCAGGGGUUACGUGGGGGUGGUAAACAGGAGCCAGAAGGACAUAGAUGGGAAGAAGGACAUAAAGGCUGCCAUGUUAGCAGAAAGGAAAUUUUUUCUUUCACACCCGGCUUACAGACAUAUUGCUGAUCGGAUGGGGACCCCACACCUUCAGAAGGUCCUUAAUCAGCAACUUACCAACCACAUUCGAGACACCCUGCCCAACUUCAGGAACAAACUGCAGGGACAGUUGCUGUCCAUAGAACAUGAAGUAGAAGCCUACAAAAACUUCAAGCCAGAAGACCCCACCAGGAAGACCAAAGCAUUGCUGCAGAUGGUUCAGCAAUUUGCUGUGGACUUUGAGAAGAGAAUUGAAGGGUCAGGGGAUCAAGUAGAUACCCUGGAGCUCUCAGGGGGUGCUAAAAUCAAUCGUAUUUUCCAUGAACGCUUUCCUUUUGAGAUAGUAAAGAUGGAGUUCAAUGAGAAAGAACUGCGAAGAGAAAUAAGCUAUGCAAUCAAAAACAUACAUGGUAUCAGGACAGGGUUGUUUACUCCAGACAUGGCAUUCGAAGCAAUAGUCAAAAAACAAAUUGUAAAGCUGAAAGGGCCUUCCUUGAAGAGUGUAGAUCUGGUAAUACAAGAAUUGAUCAACACUGUCAAGAAGUGUACCAAAAAACUGGCAAACUUCCCCAGACUCUGUGAGGAAACGGAAAGGAUCGUUGCUAACCACAUUCGUGAGCGAGAAGGGAAAACAAAGGACCAGGUCCUGCUGUUGAUCGACAUCCAAGUCUCCUACAUCAACACCAACCACGAAGAUUUCAUUGGCUUCGCAAAUGCUCAGCAGAGGAGCAGUCAGGUUCACAAGAAAAACACAAUUGGAAAUCAGGGAACCAAUCUUCCGCCUUCAAGGCAAAUUGUGAUUCGCAAGGGAUGGCUAACCAUCAGCAACAUUGGCAUCAUGAAAGGAGGCUCUAAGGGAUACUGGUUCGUCCUUACUGCUGAAAGCUUGUCCUGGUACAAAGAUGAUGAGGAAAAAGAAAAGAAGUAUAUGCUUCCCUUGGACAACCUGAAAGUUAGAGAUGUGGAAAAAAGCUUUAUGUCUAGCAAGCACAUCUUUGCACUCUUUAAUACAGAGCAAAGGAAUGUAUACAAAGACUAUCGUUUCCUUGAGCUGGCAUGUGAUUCACAGGAGGAUGUAGACAGCUGGAAGGCAUCUCUACUAAGAGCUGGGGUUUAUCCCGAUAAAUCUUUAACUGAAAAUGAUGAGAAUGGUCAAGCAGAAAACUUUUCCAUGGACCCACAGUUGGAGAGGCAAGUGGAGACCAUUCGCAACCUCGUAGACUCCUACAUGUCUAUUAUCAACAAAUGUAUCCGAGACCUAAUUCCAAAAACGAUAAUGCACCUUAUGAUCAAUAAUGUGAAAGAUUUCAUAAAUUCCGAGCUCCUAGCACAAUUAUAUUCUUCUGAGGACCAAAAUACUCUGAUGGAGGAAUCUGCAGAACAGGCUCAGCGCCGGGAUGAGAUGCUUCGGAUGUACCAAGCCCUUAAAGAAGCCCUCGUCGUCAUCGGCGACAUCAACACAGCCACAACAUUCACGCCUGCACCGCCGCCCGUGGAUGACUCCUGGAUCCAGCAUUCCCGCAGGUCCCCCCCUCCAAGCCCCACCACCCAGAGGAGGCCCACGCUGAGCGCUCCCCUCCCGAGGCCCACGUCUGGUCGGGGGCCUGCGCCUGCCGUCCCCUCCCCAGGACCCCACUCGGGGGCACCCCCAGUGCCGUUCAGGCCCGGCCCCUUACCUCCUUUCCCCAACAGCAGCGACUCGUUCGGGGCGCCUCCGCAGGUUCCUUCUCGGCCCACCAGGGCCCCUCCCAGCGUACCAAGGCUUUCCUGAUAAAUCCUGAGCCUUACUAUGGGAUAGCCAUAUUUAAAGAAUGGGACCUGGAAUAGAAAGAAAAUAUGCCCUGGUUUAAGAGCAGAGCUCACACUCCUACGGAUGGACAACAUCAGUCUCUUUCCAGGUCAUUCGAGAAAAUAGUAUUAAGACAUCAAGUUUUAAAGCAAAUUGGCAAAUUCUAACAUUCUAAAAUUUAUAAGAGCAGCUUAGCCUGGGGGUUAAUAGUUCAGUCUUGAGGCUGACUUUUGGACUACCUAGGACUAGAUGAUUAGCACAUAGGAAACAGCCAGAAGCCAACUGGAAUUUUGUCUGCUAACUGUUCCCAGACAGCAGACCAAGUAUUCACUGCAUAGUUGCGUCCCACGACACCAUUUCAUAUUCUACAGAAGUAAAUCAGGUUUAACCAACUGAAAUGUCUCCCUUUGAAAGCAGCAAACAUGAUUUGUAUGUUAACUUUAAUUUCCUGUGUAGUUUAUACCCAAAGCAGACACCCAUAAAGUAUGAAGUAAAAACUUUUAACCGUUAUUAAAAAGAGAACUUGCCAAGUUGAAUGGCAUUGUUUUGAACUUAUUCUAAAGGGUUAAAACUAGCCCACAUAGGCAAAACUCAGAGAAUACAAGAUUUACAAAAAAGGGCAUUUCAACUUUUAAAUUACAAGUGAUUAUAUAAAGAACGCCACCCUAAAUCACCACCCUAAAUCUUCUCGCAUCUUUUUUUUCCUCAUGGGAAAAAUUAACUCUUUGUGAAUGGAACAGGUGUGCAAGAUACACACUGUAUUUUUAAAAUAGUGUUGCAGCUAAGUGGAAAUAUGCUAAGUAAAAACUAUGGAAGCAUCCAUAGUAAAAUGAAUAGUCUACAGUGAGAUCUUUUCACAAAAUUUCCUCUUUUUAGGAUUCCCUUUGCUUCUUCCUUUGAAUUCUCUAAAAUAGGCAUCUAACAGAUUAUAUACUUUAGGGUUUGGCUUUGUGCUAUAUGUGGUUUUGCGUUUUGCUGUAUUUCAAAAAUUUCCUUUGGUUACAGGAAAAUAUUGUGGAUAACCACUGAUGUGUUCUUAGAUCAGCACAAACCAUGUCAAAGAAAAUUGGAAAUUUUUUUCCAAGUUUCUUUGCACUGAUUUUAUGUGUCGUAAACAAUGGCAUUUGUCACCUUUGGCUUUUGCUCUCAGAUUAUAACCCCACAGUUUCACUGUCCCAAUUGUCUCUUCUUGUGUGUAUAUUUUUGUUUUAUUUUACUUCUAAGUUUUUUCUAAUAGAAUCCAGCCUCCCCUGGGAUGUCAGCAGUCGUGUUGCAGGAUAUUUUCAGUUUACUGCAGUACUGUGUCAUAUGAUUAGUAUAAAUCCCAUUUCUCAAAGGGUUUGCAUCCUGCUAAAAGGAGAUGUCAAUGUAAAUGAAGUCAGAAGCUCUAGGGUGUGCAGAGUUUGAAGUACAGCGUUCAUAUCAGGCCUUAAUGUCACUUAAUGAGCUUUCUAAGUGUUUCCCAUACACUUCAGAUCUUUUGUGUAACUUCCUCCUGAUUGCUCUGAUGUUGUCUACACAACAGAUGUAGCUCCAUCAUGUCUAGUAUAAUAAAACAUACCGUGUUUUUAGGAUUUGGAAAAAUAAACUGUAUAUGUUCAUUUGAUGGGUAAAUCUAUUUUGUUGUCCCAUGCUAAAUCUUGCAUGCUUAUUGACUAAUUGGAAUAGCCAUUUACUCAAUUGUGGACAGAUGUUUGAAAUAGUAUUGAUUUAGAACAGAUAUAUUGCAUUUCCAGAAAUCAUCUACCAAGAUUACUCCUCUGAUUAUUGCUUUUAGCUGUGUUUUGUAACAUAGAUGAGCAGUAGGGUCUGUUUAGGUAGCAAAUUGCCUACUUGUUCAAAUACAAACACUCUAUUCCAAAACAUUAUAAUAAAACCAAGUUCCUGUGAUAUAACUAUAAGCCUUCUGACCUUAGAAUUAAAGAGUAGUCAUAUAGAUUCAUUUUACAACUUUUUAGUAUAGACUGUAGCCAUAAUUCUCAACUAUGAAAUGGGACCUAAUACCAGUAUGUGAUAAAUGUUGAUGUUUUCUGUGUACACACAUUUUCUAUGCAUGUGUCUCUGUGUAUACAGCAUAUACAUAGUAAAUUUGUUUGUGUAGGUACAUGUAUUUUGUGCCCCUUUGAGUAAGUAGGUUUAAAAUCACUUGUUAAAAUGCCAUGAGCAUGAGUGUGAUUGUAUAUAUGUGUAUAUGUAUGGGUGUAAAUAUGUAUACAUGUGCUUCAUAUGUGUGAGUAUAUUUUUUAAACUGUGCUAAUACAAGAGUUAGCUUUAGAGUAUUUGCCAUAAUAUGUGAUAAAAGUGGUUCAUUUCUCAUAACAUACCUGAGGUGUACAAAAUUUUCUCCAGAUUGUAUUCAUUCUGAGAGGCACAAGACUCAGAAUUUCCAUGACAACUUGAUAGAGUAACAUCUACAGGCAUUUACAUCUAAAUUCACAGCAUUGCUAUCAAAGAAGAAAUUAUCUUUGCCAAUAUAGCUAGCUCAUAGUCAGUUUAAGAUCCAGAAACCUACCUUUAAACUCUCUGAUUAGAAUUAUAAAUUAUUCUUAGAUUGCUGAGCUGAAUCUUAAAAAAGCUAAGUUGGUCUACAUAGUCAUUUUUUUUCUCUGUGGUAAAUGUCAAAAAAUAAAGUAGAGAGAUAUAGCAGUAUAAUAUAAGUGAUGGAUGUUUUUGAGUAAAUUUGCCUAAAAUGCAAGGAAGAAGUUACGUAAUACCUCAGAGGCAGGUCAUCCAUCCACUUUUUCAGGUAAACAUUUUUCAUUUGUCAAACAAUAUAAUUAUUUGAAAUUGACAGGAAUCUCCUUAACGUUGAGAAUAAAACUUAAAUAGUAGGUCCCUGAACUAUGGAACUCGAUGAAAGAAAAUAUUUGAGACUCAAGCCAUGAGUUUUAUAUCAUUUCACCAAGAGGACUGCAAGCUGUGAGCUCAGAGCUUAAUGUGAAUGAAGCUAGAUGGUUUCCGAGAAUCAAUUAUUAGUUCACUUGAUCCUUCAUUCCCUUCUUAAAAGCUCGUGUGUCUUCUAGAUAAUCUUCAGUCAUCCUGUCUAAUUGGUAUGUUUAACAUUAUGUGGUAUGCUAUAUUGUGAAAUUUUAAGAGUAUUUUGAAGCAUAUAUAGUAUAUGCAUUGCUAUUUGUAUAUAUGUGUAAGAAUGUAUGUACGUAUGAGAGCAAGAAAGAGGAAACUCAAGGAAGAGUCUCCUGUUUGUCUUAAGACCUGUUCAUACUGGUAUAUUGGUGAGACUCUCUGGUCUGAGGUUUCACACAUGGCUCAGCUCAAGGCUUUAUUUCUUUUUAAUUUUUACCCUCAAAUUCCUUACUAUAAUGUUUUUUAAAUUAUGAUAAAAUUACUGUCUAAUCUCUUGCAUUGUCUGUUGCCAGUUUGAUAAAAAUGAUUCCUUCCAAUCAGAAAUUCCACCAUUACUUGAUUUGUGUUUAAUUUCACAUGUACAGCCUUUGUUUUGCUUACCUAUGUUUCUUUUCUCUCCCUUUUCUGAAUUAAACUCCUCUUUUGCUUUUUUAUAUUAAGAAGCAAUGUACAGAAGCAAAAUCUUACCUUCUCUGUUGAUUCUUUAAUUAAUUUGAGCCAGAAUACUUUCCGCUGUCCUCUUGGCACUUUCAGGAUUUCUUAAUGCUGAUAUAUGGAUGGACUCUGUGAAUGGAAUUUUUGAAGCAAGCUCCUAAAGCCUGUAUCAUUCUUGAAGGUCACGUGUACCUAUUGUGAAAAUGUGAAGCUGUAUUUCUGAACUUGAAAUAAAUGACAUUUGAAGGA